CCCCAUCCCAAGGGCGGCCAGGCCGACAGCUCUUGUCAACUCAAUUAGCAAACAAAUGUUUCUUGUCCAGAUUUGACCUGGCGACACUUUUUUUUCUUUCUUUUUUUUACACCGCUCGACACCCAAACACCAGCCUCGAACCAUUCCAUUCGCCAAACAACCAUCGUUUCCAAAGGCACCACCGUGCUUGCCUGCACAAUAUCCAAUCCUGCCUUCCUUGUACCGCCCACAUCGAAGCUGUGAGGAGUGACUUUUGGAAACAGCCGCCCGACAACCCGAGCGUGUUCGUUGGGGCGGAGCUGGCUGGCAGGCAGGCAGGCCGGUGGCCCAUUGACCCGCUCACGAAGGGUUCAUCGCGAUAGACAUGCCGCGCGAGCCAGGCGAGGAAGAUCCGAGGGCGCCGUACGGCGACGGGGAGGGGAGCCAUGGCCGUGGCCGUGGCGCAGGACGGGGGGAGUGGACGAGGACCCGGUCGAGGUCGAGGUCAAGAUCACCCAGGAGACGGCCUGCCGCCGAGGACUUUUACCGCGUGAGGGCGUCGCCUGAACGCCACCAUGACAGCGACGGCCACGGCCACGGCCACGACCGGCACGGGAAACACCGACACCACCAUCACCGCGCGCGAGACGCAUCCCCCGCGGACGAGGACCGAAAGCGGCACCGUCACCACAGGCACAAGCGCCACCACCACCACCGAGACAAACCAACCCCAAAACCAACAACAACAACAACCGCCCCAGCCACCCUCCCCUACGGCGCGCGCCCCCUGUCCUACAAGCACGACCUCGCCGCCUUCACGCCGCUGUUCGCGUACUACCUCGACGUGCAGAAGAGCCUGGACCUGUACGCGCUGGACGGAGGGGCGCGGGGCGCCGAGGCGCGCGGGAGGUGGAAGAGCUUCGUGGGCAAGUGGAACCGCGGGGAGCUGGCCGAGGGGUGGUACGACCCGGAGAUGUUUGAGCGGGUGGCGCGGGAGGCGCCCGCGGGUGCGGGUGCGGGGCACGAUCACGAUGAUCACGACGGUGCGCGGGAGGGGGCCGGCAGGGGUGAUGGCGAGAGGGAAGGGGGCCGACGAGGAGAGGGGGGAUACUCACCCGCCUCUGACGGCGCCGAUGGUGACGGUGGGCGACAGCCCGUGCACAGCAGCAGCAACAACAACAACAACAGCGGCAACGACUCGGACUCAGACUACGGCCCCCCACCGCCCCCAGGCCGAUCCCCCUCAGCCCCCGGGCCCGGCGCCCGCAAGGGGCCCGGCAUCCCGACCCUCACGGACCUAGCCCUCCAGCGCGAGUCGGCCGCCUCGGAGCGCUCGUCGCACAUCCAGGACCUGCGCGGCGCGCGCAGGGCCGACCGCGCCCUGCAGAGGGAGCGGCUGGAGGAGCUGGCGCCGCGCGCGGACCCGGGGACGCGCGAGCGGCGUCUGGAGAAGCGGGCGGCGGCGAACGAGAAGAUGAAGGGGUACCGUGAUGGUGCGGCGGGGGAGGUGGAGGACGUCGGGGACGGGGACCUCAUGGGCGGCGGGGACUCGGUGGCGGAGCUGCGGCGGGCGAGGGCGGCCUCCCAGCGCAGGAAGACGGAGCGGGAGCUGCGGCGGGAGGCGGAGGCGCGGGCGAGGGAGGAGGAGAGGCUCGAGCGGCUGAGGGAGUGGAGGGAGCGGGAGGAGGAGAAGCUGAGGGGGCUGAAGGAGCUUGCUAGGGCGCGGUUUGGGUAG